AUGUCCUUCUACAACCCAUUCAGCAUCAUGGCUGCGGAUGCUGCGGAUGCUUUCCUCCCGAUCCGCAUCCCAGUACUCUCUCUGCUGCCUCUGGUUUUUCUCUUCGCUUCCCUUCUUCCUGCACCCACCAUCGGAUUGCUUGGUUUCCGUCCAGAGGACACGGGAAGAGAGCUGUCCGUGGAGGACGGGGUGCUGAAGGCGACUGAGGGAACGCGAUUCAUGCUUCGCGUGUACUAUGCAGCUUCUCCGCAGAGGCUUAACCGAACUGUCACUGGCAGAGCAGACGCGGCAACCGCACCAUGGAUUGCUUUCAUUGAGGAACCGGAGCCCGGAAAAGAGGGACAAGUACAUCCGAAAAAGAACUUGUGUGUGGAAGAGAGUGCAAGGAGCUCUGACAUAGAACUACUUGGGUCUUUCAAGUCUGCCUCGAGCCAAAAUUCCAUCCUCGUGGAGCUCCUUGCAAAGGAUCUCCGCAGAGGUGAAAAAAUCAAAUAUUACUCUAUGUGUGCCUUUGAUGGAGUUAAGUGGGAGCAUUUCAGAACUAGAGACUUCUGGCUCGCAGUUGUCGAGCGACCACACCACGCGGAGGGAUGGCUCCAGGCAACACUUUCGGUGUUACUGCUGGGGCUGUCGGCGCUCUUUAGUGGUCUCAAUAUAAGUAUGCUCGCGCUUGACCCCGUGGAACUCAAAGUGCUCCAGACCAGCGGCACUGAAAAGGAGCAAAAGUAUGCGAGAAAAAUAGAGUCAGUGCGCAAACACGGUAACUAUGUGCUCUGCACAUUAGUUUUGUGCAACGUGCUCGUUAAUAAUUUUUUAGUCGUGUGGAUGUGCCAAAUUUUAGGGCUGACUGUGCUGUCAACGACGGUCAGCACUUUCAUAAUUUUCUUCGUAGGAGAAAUUUUGCCACAUUCUGUUGCAUCCAGACACGGACUCGCCAUAGCGUCCAAGACUAUCUGGUUUACACGGUUGCUCAUGCUCGUGUCCUUUCCCAUAACGUAUCCAAUAAGCAAAUUAUUGGACAAUAUGUUUCACCAAGAAAUCAGUAAUUUUUACACGCGCGAAAAAUUACUGGCCAUGCUUCGUGUCACAGAUCCAUAUCAUGACCUGGUGAAAGAGGAGCUCAACAUUAUUCAGGGGGCUCUGGAACUUAGGACCAAAACAGUCGAGGACGUGUUAACCCCGCUCAGUGACUGCUUUAUGUUGGCUUCUGAUGCAGUCCUGGAUUUCUACACCAUGUCUGACGUCAUGCAGAGCGGUUACACGCGAAUCCCAGUCUUUGAAAACGAAAGGUCCAACAUUGUGGAUAUUCUGUUUGUCAAAGACCUGGCUUUCGUGGACCCGGAUGACUGCACUCCACUGAAAACCAUCACACAGUUCUACAAGCAUCCUUUGCAUUGUGUCUUUAAUGACACCAAGCUAGAUGCGAUGCUUGAGCAGUUUAAGAAAGGGAAAUCCCAUCUGGCCAUAGUACAAAGAGUGAAUAACGAAGGAGAAGGAGACCCCUUUUAUGAGGUCAUGGGAAUUGUCACACUGGAGGACGUCAUCGAAGAGAUUAUCAAAUCUGAGAUUGUGGAUGAGACUGAUCUCUACACUGAUAAUCGUACCAAGAGGAGGGUCUCCCAUCACGAGAGGAAACUACAGGACUUCUCCGUCUUUAAGCUGUCGGAGAGCGAGAUGAAGGUGAAGAUUUCUCCCCAACUGCUGCUGGCCACCCAUCGUUUCCUGGCCACAGAAGUGGAACCCUUUAAACCAGCCUACCUCUCAGAGAAGAUCCUGCUGCGUUUGCUGAAGCACCCCAGCGUGAUACUGGAACUCAAGUUUGAUGAGAAAAACAAACGAUCCCCCAAGCACUUCCUCUUCCAGCGAAACAAACCCGUGGACUAUUUUGUUCUCAUUCUGCAGGGUCGAGUGGAAGUAGAGAUCGGGAAGGAAGCAUUGCGCUUUGAGAACGGGGCUUUUACCUACUACGGCAUGCCAGCCAUCAUGCCCUGCCUGCCCACAGUUCGCAGGUCACCCUCUCGGAGCAGUGGUCUGAACCAGUCCGACACCAUGAUUCCAGUGGGGAGUCAGGGCCAGUUGUGUUUGGCCGGAGGAACUUACCUACCAGACUACUCUGUUCGCCAGCUCACAGACCUGCAGAUCAUCAAGAUCACGCGUAACCACUACCAAAAUGCCCUGAUGGCCACGCGCAUGGACAGCUCCCCGCAGACGCCCGACGCGGAGACCCAGGUGCCCGAGAUGAGAGGCGGCAUCCCAGAGACCCGCUCCAACAGCAUAGCCCUCCCGCUAACGGAGCCGCGGCCCCGUUUCCUCCGCGCCCACGCCCACAACCCGCACUUCAGAGAGCUGCCCUGCACCUCCACCCUCAACAACAAGAAUCGCAUCGUCAGGAGUAAGUCAGACGGACAGAAGAGCCCCAGUGACUCGGUGUUCCUGCGGAUGGAUGAGAUCCCCUACAUCAGAGACCGACUCAAGGGCAAAAUUCAGCAUGGUGGGGGAAACAAUGUGUCUUCCUCGGUUUUCAAAACAGACAAUUCCUCAGCUCAGCUCGUGAGCACAGACUCCUUAAACGGCUCUGAAGAGACACUGGGCAAGAAGCUUCUGCGUAAACUGAGCAACAAGAAGAGGAAAAAGUCACACGAAGGAGACAAACCUGUGGAUGAAAGCCCAGAACAGCCGCUGGUGAAAACCUAG